CUACAAGGAGUUUUCUGCAUCCACUCUGCUUUUUAAUAACUGCAGCUUUUUUAAUUUUUUUAUUGUUCUUAUAAGACAGCCCACCAGAGCCAUUAGUCUUGUAACAUAAACACUCAAUUCCAGAUUGCUUAAAUCAAUUUUGUUGUGUGUGUAGUAUGCAUAUGCACAACUUGGACUGAUCUCUCUCUCUUUGUUAAGGAACACUCCAUAUGUAGCAUAAUUGCUCCUGCGUGCUGUAGUGCAUAUGGUGGCAGGAGUGCUCCUGCGCUGGCCUAUGUUACAAGAUGUCACGUGAUACAAAAGGGGAUUCCCAACAAUCUCAGGGCACUUCUAGUUCUUCCUCCAGUGUCCCUCAAACCUACAGCCAGUCUUCAUCCUCUGGUACCAUGAGUUCUUUGGAGACAGUCCCAUUAAUGGAUAUUGCAUCAAUACCAGAGGAACAAGAACUGGAAGAUAUUCUUCAGCCAUGGGGUCGUCUUUGGGCUCUUGGAAAGGGUUUUGAGAAUCAUGACUGUGUGAAUAAUGAAUAUGUGUUUGGAAGAGAUAAACAAUGCGACUACACGUUUGAUAGGCGAAUAAUAAACAAAACUGAAAAAUAUAAAACAUACAGCAAAAAACAUUUCCGGAUAUAUAGGGUAAGUGAUGGAGGACAUUCCCCAAUUGCAUACAUUGAAGAUUUGAGUGGCAAUGGAACAUACCUAAACAAAGAGCUCAUUGGCAGAGACAAGAAGUUGCCUUUAACAAAUAAUGCAGAAAUUGCACUUUCAUUACCGUCAAAUAAAGUUUUUGUAUUUUCAGAUUUGUUGGUGGAUGAUCAGACAGUCUACCCAAAGGAAUUUGGAAAUAAAUUCAUUAUGUCAAAAACAAUUGGAAGUGGGGCUUGCGGAGAAGUCAAACUAGCUUUUGAAAAAUCCACAUGUAAGAAGGUUGCAGUAAAAAUAAUCAAUAAAAGAAAAUUUAUGCUGAGCAAUUCAGGUGAUUAUGAAAGGCCUAUUGCUUUUGAUACAGAAAUUGAGAUUCUAAAGAAACUGAAUCACCCUUGCAUAAUUAGAAUUGAAAAUUUCUUUGACUCAGAAGAUUUCUAUUACAUUGUUUUGGAACUGAUGGAAGGAGGUGAAUUAUUUGACAGAGUAGUGACAUCCGUCAGGCUUAAAGAAUCUACGGCAAAACUGUAUUUUUAUCAGAUGCUGCUAGCUGUUCAGUACCUCCAUGAGAAUGGAGUCAUUCACCGGGAUCUUAAACCUGAAAAUGUGCUGCUAUCAUCCACCAAUGAAGAAUGCUGCAUCAAGAUAACGGAUUUUGGCCAGUCCAAAAUUCUUGGUGAAACCUCUCUGAUGAAAACGUUGUGUGGUACCCCUACGUACUUGGCUCCUGAGGUGUUGAACACAGCGGGUACAGCUGGAUAUAGCAGUGCUGUGGAUUACUGGAGCCUAGGGGUCAUUCUGUUUGUCUGCCUUAGUGGAUAUCCACCAUUUUCAGAACAGAAUGGUAAGAUGCCACUGAAAAAUCAGAUUGCUGGCGGGAACUACACCUUCAUUCCUGCUGCUUGGGAAAAUGUCUCUCCUCCUGCUUUAGAUCUUGUUAAAAAGUUGCUGGUUGUUGACCCGGAAAAGAGACUAACUACUAAGCAAGCUUUGGAACAUCCAUGGCUGCAGGAUGACAAAAUGAGAAAAGAUGCUGAGCGGUUAAUGUGUGAUGCCACAAUGCUUCCACCUCAGCAGAUAUCCGUAAGUCGGAAACGGGGACAUGAAGAACAUGAAGCAAGUACAUCUAAACAAUCAGAGACGUUAACAGCAACACCUGAAAAGAGGGCCAAAAUGUGACACUUUACGCUAAACUAUACCUUGUCUAAUGUAUAUAAUAUCAGUGUUUUGUAUGUAAAUUAGUUUGUAAAUUUAUACAUUUCAAUAAAUCACGUGAGUACUACUGUAGCUAUAGGCCUUUUACGGGUAUUUUGUAAGGAAGUUCCAUAUAUUCAUGGUAUUUAUUACUUGUUUACCUGACCAUCUAAUCAUUGCUAUGUGGAGGACGGGUCUGUGAGAUGAACAGAAGGUUACUGUUAAUGUAAAUGAUACUGUGUAUCAUUGAGACUACUAUUAGAGGUGCCAGUUAUAUUGUUUGAUAUGAACAUUUGGUUGUAAAGGACUGCCACUUUCAUACAACCAACAAAAGCGGCUGCGGCUUUUGUGGACCGUUUUUCUCAGUAGCAAUUUAUUACUAAUAUUUCAUAAACUUUUUUUUAACCUACCAGUGUGCUCUCUCUUUAUUUGCCGAGGCAAAAUAUUUACAUACAUGUCUGCUGAUUCGGGAGUAUCAAGAGGAAGUGGAGGAAUCUUGUUUUGACUCAACUCUAGCUAAAGCUAUUAUUUUGCUGCAUUCAUUUUAGUGGACCUGCAUCCAUUGCAUAGAUUUCUGAUGGAAACAUUACUUUCGGAUCUUACACUGAGUUUUAAGAAUAAUACCUCAAUAUUAAAAAAUGUAUGACUUUACAGCAACCUGUUUAAAAUAAUAUGUAACAGCCUCGAUUUUUGGCAAUUUACUAAUACUAGGUCAGUUGCAAAGUCAUCUUUAAUGCCAACGUAUAAAUGUGCUUAUUAGUUUAGGUUAGGUGGACUUAAAUAACUAGUACCUUACAUAAAAAUGAAAUGAAUAAAACCCCACAAACAUUGGGAGUUCCCAAAACAUCCCUUAUAUUCAGAGGCAGUCACUCCGCUAUCUCUUUUCCCACACCACAGUAAUAUGGGGGUUAAUAAAAGUAUGAAAAUUUAGAGUCACAUGUUAACUAGGAGGGACAGAUCAUGAUCUCCUCUGUUUUCUAUGUAAUGGGUAUUAAAGGGUUACUACAACCCUGAUGAUAAAACCUUUUAUUUCCAUUACCAAUGCUCUAUGGGACAUAACAAAUAACUAAUUGUAUUAAUUAUGUAAUCUAAUAUAUCUAAAACGUGACCUUUAUUAUAUACUGCCCAGUUUAGAGAACAUUAUCAAUUAAUAAUCCCUUAAGCAGAUUAAUUUGGAAAGGAGGAUAUCCGUUUUACGUUUGUUCAUUUAUAAUCCAAACAUUUAAUGUAUGAUUGUUCAAUAUAUUGAUUAGUAUUGAAGUUGGUACUAUACAAGUAUCUCUUGAAAAGACUCAAAUGUUUGUGCAUACCACUGAGAGAAGUACUAGUUGUAAGCUCGUUUGAAUAUAAACAAUGGCUUUUGUGAGUAACCAUAUUUAUUGAAAAUGUUUGAAUAUCAGAUUUCAGUCCAUAAGCGAAAAAUAUUGAUCAGUGUUCAAUCAAAAAGAAAAUGCAGCAUUGAUCAAGUUUUUGA